AGUUGAAAAUAAACACACCAUCGAAGAACUUCUUACAAUAACGCGAGAAAAAUAACCACAACAAUGUCUUUGGUACCGUAUUGGUUGCGUCAUAUGCGGAAUUUGGCUCACCGAGACCCUAUGGUCAGAUUGUUGGAAGACCCAUUUGCCGUGCUCGCGAAGGAUCCUUUCUUCAGAGACCCGGUGAAGUUCAUUCGUCAAGUAACAGCACCAAUCGAGCAUCAACAUGAAAUCGAAGGCGUUUACUCUGAUUCAGAGGUGAAAGUCGACGGGAAGAAGGUGGAAGUGCAUUUGGACGUUCAGAACUUUACUCCCGAGCAAAUCCAAGUGAAAACAGUUGGCAACGAGAUCACAAUUGAAGGCAAAAAGGAAAUUAAACGUGACGAUGGGUGGACCAGGAGUCACUUCGAAAGGCGUUUCUUGCUGCCCGAAGGUUUCCCUCCAGAGAGGGUGGAAUGCCACCUCGACAAGGGAAAGUUGAAGUUGAUAGCAUUCAGGGCUGAACCGCUUCCGGAGAGAAAGAUCCCGAUCCAGGAGAAAGCAGGCAGUGAUAGUGAUAAAGAAAAAUCUUCCUGAAUUCUAACUUAUUUAGUGUUAAUAUUAUUUUAAAUUAUUGUUUUCUUUAAUUACAAAGCAUGUCAUAAUAUUAUGAAAAGGUACUAUAAAGCUUGUUUCAUAAUGUGUUUUAUAGGUACGUAAGUACGUAUCUAGGUUUUUGCAAGAGGUAAGUUCCCACACCAAUACUUAACUUGCAAGAAUCGAAAUGAUUGUGAAACAAGGUUUAUUGCUUUACGUCAUUUUAUUGAAAACAAGUUUAUCCAGACUGAUUAGUUUAGGGUAUUGUUUCUAUAGUAUAUAGUAAAAAAUAUUUUUUGUUUUUUGUGCAAUAAAAACUUUAAAACAAAGUACUUAC